ACUUUGAAAACGUGCUGAUAACAAUUUUUUUUUUUGAAUGAGUCUACAAGUGAUUUUAAUUAUGAAAAUUAAAUUGUGCAGUACGUAGUUUUAAAUUUCUGUCCAAUUGUUUGUUAUAAGUAAAUGAACAUUAUGUGUAAUAUUCAGUUCUCGUAGAGAAGAGAUUCCAGCUCGUCAAUUUGAUUCGGUUAUAAAUUCGUGAAGGUUGUUCAUACUUACCGGUAUAGACUAUUGUACCAAUUUUCAAUUGAAUCCCAUCACAGAGGAACUAAUUUCUAACAAAUAAUUCAUAUUAAAAACUUUAAUGCAGCUUUGAAGUGAAACUUUCGAAGCUUGUUAGUAUUCGAUGAUCAUACAUUUUACCUGAAGAGUGGAGUUUUAUUCCUCCAAACAAGUUAAACUGCAAUAAUUUGCUGAACGGAUUGUUUGAAAUAACGUUUUGUAAAACGCAGAAGUUGAAAUUCUACGUGUUUCCUGAAUAAUAAAUUUCUUUCGUUGUGUUCCGUUAAGAUUUCGUAUGUUACCAAGAAUGGCUUUCAACAGUUCGAUGAAAAUGCUAAAAGAAUAAUUUCACGCUGGGUUUCUAAAAGUUUUGAUCUUUGAGCAGUACUUCGUUGAAAGCAGCUGCAUCAUUCGAAUUUCAAGAUGUUUUCCAUCUUACAAGGUCGUGCUCAUCUUUCGAAGAAAUUAUAUUCAAUCUAUAGCGGUAGAAUCACGAAAACACAGCCCAGUUUACCAAGUUAUGUUGAUUUUUCUAAAAAGAUUUCUUACGUACAAAAAAGUGGUAGCUCGCGAAAUCAUUGUGAUUCUUCAAAGCAGGUGCUUCAUACUCACAAUGAUAUUUUGAAACCAGUAUCUUUUCACCCCGAUUUUUCUCAAAAAUCGCGAUACAAUCACGCGAAUAGCGAAACAAACCCAUUUUCUACCUAUAAACAACACUACGAUUUUUCAAAAAAGUUGUCUUCCACGAGCAAAGAUAAUAUGGAUCAGAUAAGCUCUCUGGUUGAAGAAUGGACAACGCGUUACGAUUCAUUGGGCAAACUCGAUGCCAAUAUUGUCUGCGGUACUUUGAAUACUCUAUCAAAAUUUCAAGUUUUUGACAAGAAAUGGAAUAAGAAAGAUCAGGAGAAUUUCAAAGAACUGAUUGUUAGAAUAGCAGUAAAAGCGAAUCAAUUAUUUGACAUGAAUCGUCGUCAAUCUGUUAGUAAAUUAAAACCGUGGCAAGUCGCGAAUACCUUGAACGCCCUGUCCGGUUGGGAUGUAUUCAGGAAAGAUAUCUGGAAUGUUACCGUUCAAGUGUAUGGUAUAGAAGUAACCGAAGUCCAGCUGUUCAAAUCUGUCAUCGUUAAACUAAUCCGCCAUGGCAACAGUUUACUAGAUCCUAGAAACAAAACAGUCGAUCAAUUCGAUUCUUACGCUGUAGCCAACAGCUUGAAUGCUUUAUCCAAAUGGAACAAGAAUGAGUUAGAAGGAGCUAGCGAGUUCCUUGUUAAAUUAAUGAAACAUGGUUGUAUGGAGGCCAGUGGAUCCGCUUCAACGCAGCACAAUAUGGAAGAUGAAAAACACGCUUGUAUGGGAGUCGUAAAAACCUUAAAAGCUAUGUCUAAAUGGCACAACGAGGAAUUACAAGGAUCUAGAGAGUUUAUCACUCAAGUACUUGUGAAAGGAAUUUCACUCGCUGAUAAGUUCAACUCUACAGAAAUCGCCAACGGUCUAAACGCAUUAUCUAAGUGGAACAUUAAUGAUUUUCAAGAAACCAGAGGGUUCAUCGAUCUGCUGAUCAAACGAGGAAAUGCGAUUAUUGAUCAAUUCAACUGUCAGGGAAUUUCUAAUUGUUUGAACGCUCUGUCGAAAUGGAAUAUCAAUGAAUUACAAGGCUCCAAAGAAUUUAUAUCUCAGUUGGUGAAACGUGGAAGUGCUACGGCCAAAGUAUUUAAUGCUCAGGAAGUUUCCAAUAGUUUGAACGCGGUGUCCAAAUGGAAUAUUGAUGAAAUACAAGGAACUCGCAGAUUUAUUGUCGAGUUAGUAGAAUGCGGAAAUCUGACCGUCGAUAUGUUUAAUUCGCAAGGAGUUUCGAAUGCUUUAAACGCUUUUUCUAAAUGGAACAUCGAUGACUUCGAAGGUGCUAGAAUAUUCAUCAAUCGGUUAAUUAAACGAGGAAGUUCUACGACCAAUAGAUUCAGUUCUCAAGACAUUGCCAGCAGCUUGAACGCUUUAUCUAAGUGGAAAAUAGACGAGUUGCCCGAAAGUACAGAAUUCAUCGUUCAAUUAUUAAAACAAGGAACCUCUACGGUUUCUGAAUUCGACUCUCAAGAGAUCUCAAAUUGUUUAAACGCUUUAUCCAAGUGGAAUAUCGACGAUUAUCCAGGAUCUAAAGAUUUCAUCAUUCAGUUACUCAAAAGCGGUAUUACAACGAGCGGUGAAUCUACACCUCUAUGUAUAGCUAUGAAUCUGAAUGCUCUAUCUAAAUGGGAAAUUAACGAAUUGCCUGGAGCUAGAGAAUUCAUAGUCAAGUUGAUACAACGAGGAAGCUCGACAGUGGGCAGAUUCGAUUCUCAGUAUAUUGCCAACAGUUUGAAUGCGUUGUCUAAAUGGAAUGUAGACGAAUUCGAAGGAAGCAGGGAGUUCAUUAUGCAGCUCGUGGAACGUGGAAAUUCAACAAUCGAUUCGUUCGAUUCUCAAAACACGUCGAAUUGUUUGAACGCUUUUUCUAAAUGGAAUAUCAACGAGUAUCCAGGAUCCAAACAUUUCAUCAUUCAGUUACUCAAUAGAGGUAUUACAACGAGCGGCGAAUCUACACCUCUAUGUAUAGCUAUGAGUCUGAAUGCUCUGUCUAAAUGGGAAAUUAACGAAUUACCUGGAGCUAGGGAAUUCAUAGUCAAGUUGAUACAACGAGGAAGCUCGACAGUGGGCAAAUUCGAUUCUCAGAAUAUUGCCAACAGUUUGAAUGCAUUAUCCAAAUGGAGUAUAGACGAAUUCGAAGGAAGCAGGGAGUUCAUUAUGCAGCUCGUAGAACGCGGAAAUUCAACAAUCGAUUCGUUUGAUUCUCAAAAUACCUCAAAUUGUUUACACGCUCUUUCGAAAUGGAACAUCGUCGAAUUCGAAGGAUCUGAAGAAUUCAUUGUGAAGUUGAUUAAACGUGAAAGUUUUCUGAUUGAUGAAUUUAAUCAUCAAGGUAUUGCUGCUAGUUUAGUUGCAUUAUCAAAGUUGAACAUCGAUACGUUGAAAGGAGCUAAGGGAUUUAUUAUUCUAUUAAUAAAGCGAGGGCAUUCAACAGUCGGCAAGUUCAAUUCUCAAAGCAUCGCUAAUAGUUUAAAUGCUCUAUCAAAAUGGAACAUCGAUGAAUUCGAAGGAUCAAAAGAGUUUAUCAUGGAGCUAAUAAGAUACGGAAAUGAACUCGUUGAUGAAUUCAACCCUGAGCAAGUUGCAGGCAGUCUGAACGGUCUGUCGAAAUGGAACAUCGACGAUUUUCUAGUAGCUAGAGAGUUCAUUGAUCUGUUAGGUGAACGAGGUUGUGCUACGAUCGACGGAUUCAAUUCUCAAGCAAUCGCCAAAAGUCUGAAUGCAUUGUCCAAAUGGAGUAUUAAUGAAUUUCGAGGAACUAGAAAAUUUAUUGCUCAAUUAAUAAAGCGAGGGCAUUCAACAGUCGACAAGUUCAAUUCUCAAGACAUCGCUAAUAGUUUAAAUGCUUUAUCGAAAUGGAAUAUCGAUGAAUUCAAAGGAUCAAAAGAGUUCAUCGUGGAGCUGAUAAGAUGUGGAACUUCACUAGUCGACAAAUUCGAUCCUAUAGAAAUUGCAAGCAAUCUGAAUAGUCUGUCGAAAUGGAACAUGGGCGAUUUUCAAGGCGCUAGCGAGUUUAUCGGUCUAUUAGUUGAACGAAAUAAUGAGGUUGUUAACAGUUGACGAAUUCCAACCUCAAGAAAUCGCCAACGGUUUGAAUGUCUUAUCUGAGUAGAAUAUUAAUGAAUUUCGAAGUUUUAUUGUUUGAUUAAUUUUUACGUGGGAGGGUUAAAAUUGAAAUAUUUUAAAUGUACGUAUAAAAACGAAGAAUUUUUCUGUUCUGUUCGAAUUGUUUUUAAUCACCUGUGUUUUAUUUUUAUAGUAAACCUACUUGUAAGUAUGUCAGAACUUCCUAUUUUGAAUUUGUAAAUUUUUUAAUGUUCGUUUCGUUGUUGUUGUUGUUGUUUUUUUUUUUGUUAAUCUGCGUUUACCAGAUGUAGUUUUCAAUAAAGUGAUUAAAAUUGGAA